AUGACGGUUUUGACAAUUUUGUACCAAUGGCUAGAAGCAGAUCGUCAUGGCAGGAGCCAAGAUGCUGCAAAUACGACCUCAGGUGAAAAUUUUGACCAGAGUCCUUUGAAAAGAACAUUCAAAUCCAAGGUUCUGGCCCACUAUCCUCAGAAUAUAGAGUGGAACCCUUUUGAUCAAGAUGCAGUGAAUAUGUUGUGCAUGCCGAAAGGGCUGUCUUUCAGAACACAGACUGACAGCAGAGACCCUCAGUUCCACUCAUUUAUAAUCACCCGGGAAGAUGGUUCUCGCACCUACGGUUUUGUUCUCACUUUUUAUGAAGAAGUUACAAGUAAGCAGAUCUGCACAGCUAUGCAGACGCUCUACCAGAUGCACAACGCCGAGCAUUACAGCAGCGUCUACGCCUCCUCCUCCUGCAGCAUGGACUCGCUGGCCAGCAGCAUUGACGAGGGGGAUACAACUUCCCUUUUGAAACUCCAGCGAUACAACUCCUAUGACAUCAGCAGAGACACCCUGUAUGUUUCCAAAAGCAUAUGUUUGAUCACACCACUGCCUUUCAUGCAGGCCUGCAAGAAAUUCCUCCUCCAGCUUUACAGAGCAGUUACCUCGCAGCAGCCACCACCCUUGCCGCUGGAGAGCUACAUCCAUAAUAUUCUUUAUGAGGUACCCCUCCCACCGCCAGGGAGAUCACUGAAAUUUUAUGGUGUUUAUGAACCCGUCAUAUGCCAGAGGCCUGGGCCCAAUGAACUCCCCCUCUCCGAUUACCCUCUGCGAGAGGCCUUCGAGCUCCUGGGGUUGGAGAACCUGGUGCAGCUGUUCACCUGCGUCCUUCUAGAGAUGCAGAUCCUUCUCUACUCACAAGAUUACCAACGCCUGAUGACGGUGGCGGAAGGCAUCACCACACUCUUGUUCCCAUUUCAGUGGCAGCAUGUGUAUGUGCCCAUCCUCCCUGCUUCUCUGCUACAUUUUCUUGAUGCUCCUGUCCCUUAUCUGAUGGGUCUUCAGUCAAAAGAAGGAACUGACCGUUCUAAACUAGAACUUCCUCAAGAGGCUAACUUGUGUUUUGUGGAUAUUGACAACCAUUUUAUUGAGUUGCCUGAAGAAUUUCCACAGUUCCCCAAUAAAGUGGAUUUUAUCCAGGAACUCUCUGAAGUUCUUCUUCAGUUUGGGAUCCCUCCUGAGGGCAGCCUGCACUGCAGUGAGAGUGCCACCAAAUUGAAGAAUCUGGUUCUGAAAGACUUGGUCAAUGACAAAAAGAAUGGCAACAUCUCCACGAAUAGCAUCAACAUGUAUGAGUUACUGAAGGGCAACGAAACCAUAGCCCGGCUCCAGGCUCUGGCCAAGCGGACCGGUGUGACCGUGGACAAAAUGGACCUCUCUGCCUCUCUGGGUGAAAAAGAAAAGGAUUCGAAGCUGCAGUGUGAAGAGGCAGAGCUAAGGGACUACCAGCUCAACGUACAGCUCCGAGAGGUGUUUGCUAACCGCUUUACCCAGAUGUUUGCCGACUACGAAUCGUUUGUGAUUCAGAGCGCCCAGGACAUGGAAUCCUGGCUCACCAACCGGGAACAGAUGCAGAACUUUGACAAAGCUUCCUUUCUGUGUGACCAGCCUGAGCCACACCUGCCAUUUCUUUCACGCUUCAUUGAAACACAGAUGUUUGCCACCUUUAUUGAUAACAAAAUUAUGUCUCAGUGGGAGGAGAAAGAUCCUUUGCUUCGGGUCUUCGACUCUCGGAUUGAGAAGAUAGGACUGUAUAAUGUAAGGGCACCCACCUUGAGGACAUCCAUAUAUCAGAAAUGCAGCACUUUAAAAGAAGCAGCCCAGUCAGUUGAGCAGCGGCUGAUGAAAAUGGAUCACACUGCAAUCCAUCCACAUCUACUUGAUAUGAAAAUUGGUCAAGGCAAAUAUGAGCAAGGGUUCUUUCCAAAGUUACAGUCCGAUGUCUUGGCAACAGGGCCAACUAAUAACAAUCGCUGGGUAAGUCGGAGCGCCACCACGCAGCGCAGGAAAGACCGCCUCCGCCAGCAUUCCGAGCACAUGGGCCUGGACAACGACUUGAAGGAGAAAUAUAUGCAAGAGGCGCGAAGUUUAGGAAAAAACCUGAGGCAACCCAAAUUGUCAGACCUCUCUCCUGCCGUGAUUGCACAGACCAACUGGAAAUUUGUGGAAGGCUUAUUAAAGGAAUGUAGAAUGAAGACCAAACGCAUGCUGGUGGAGAAGAUGGGCCACGAAGCAGUGGAGCUGGGCCACGGAGAAGCGAACAUCACGGGCUUGGAGGAGAACACCUUGAUCGCCAGCCUCUGUGACCUUCUGGAGAGGAUAUGGAGCCACGGCUUGCUGGUCAAGCAGGGGAAGUCGGCUUUGUGGUCGCAUUUAAUUCAGUUUCAGGACAGAGAAGAGAAACAAGAGCACCUUGCAGAAUCACCAGUUGCCCUGGGACCAGAAAGAAGAAAAUCUGACUCAGGAGUUAUGUUGCCAACCCUCAGGGUCUCCCUUAUCCAAGACAUGAGGCACAUUCAGAACAUGAGUGAGAUCAAGACUGACGUUGGACGAGCUCGGGCGUGGAUAAGGCUGUCUCUAGAGAAGAAGCUCCUGUCCCAGCAUCUCAAGCAGUUGCUGUCUAACCAGCCACUCACCAGAAAGCUCUAUAAGCGCUAUGCCUUUCUGUGUUGCGAAGAAGAAAGAGAACAGUUUCUCUACCAUCUUCUCUCCCUCAACGCUGUGGACUACUUCUGUUUCACCAGUGUCUUCACCACCAUCAUGAUUCCGUAUAGGUCGGUGAUCAUCCCCAUCAAGAAGCUGAGCAACGCGAUCAUCACCUCGAACCCCUGGAUCUGUGUGUCGGGAGAACUGGGAGACACGGGAGUGAUGCAGAUCCCCAAAAACCUCCUCGAAAUGACCUUUGAGUGCCAGAACCUGGGGAAGCUGACCACUGUGCAGAUUGGCCACGACAACUCAGGACUGUUAGCCAAGUGGCUAGUGGAUUGUGUCAUGGUCAGAAAUGAAAUCACGGGACACACAUACCGCAAAAAACACAAAUCCAAGUUAGCCUUAAGAACCUCAGAAGCCUCGGUCUGUGCCCACGAAGGAGCGUGGAGGAAGGUGGGGUACGGGGUGGGGUUCCUGAGGAAUGAGCUGUGGGUCUCCCCUGUCCCACUCCUCAGCCGCUUCGGUUUAUUUCCCUUGCCUGAGAAUUCGGCCACUGUUUAUUGUUUUUCAGAGCCCAAUGCCGGACAGAUCCAGGAAGGAAUUGGAGAGGCUGUGAACAACAUUGUGAAGCAUUUCCACAAACCUGAAAAAGAGAGAGGAAGCCUCACGGUGCUGCUGUGCGGAGAGAGCGGCCUGGUGGCAGCGCUGGAACAGGUUUUCCACCACGGCUUCAAGUCUGCCCGCAUCUUUCACAAGAACGUCUUCAUCUGGGACUUCAUAGAGAAAGCGGUCGCUUAUUUUGAAACCACUGACCAGAUUCUAGACAACGAAGAUGAUGUCCUUAUUCAGAAACCCUCCUGCAAAACCUUCUGCCAUUACGUCAAUGCUAUUAACACUGCACCCAGGAGCAUCGGGAAGGACGGCAAGUUCCAGAUUCUAGUUUGCCUUGGAACACGGGAUCGUCUGCUCCCACAGUGGAUCCCGCUGUUAGCCGAGUGUCCUGCCAUCACCCGAAUGUACGAAGAGAGCGCCCUCCUGCGGGACCGCAUGACCGUCAACUCCCUCAUCCGCAUUCUGCAGACCAUUCAGGACUUCACCAUCGUCUUGGAGGGAUCUCUCAUCAAAGGCGUGGACGUGUAACCCCUGGUAGAAACGCUCAGUCCAGACCCCUGGCUCCCUCACCUCCCCCGUCUGCGGGACCGAUUUGGACUUGUCUGGCGCGGUCGUGAGUCACUGCAGGGGCCGUGCACCGAAUGCCCCGACUUGAACAAUCCUCACGCUGCAGACAAGGCAAAAUGCUGUAUUGUAGUUCAUUUGAACCAGGAAUUUAGUAUAAAAUAGAGUAUUUUCAUGUGUUAGAUGUGUGUAAAUAUGCUAUCUUCUUUAAGAAAUUAUAUUACUCUAA